AUGACCGGAAGGGACAAGUUCUGCCUAAACCAUGAUGAACUAAAAACGAAGGGUUAUUUUCACGAGCUUAAGAGCAAGUCAUCUUCCUACCGUUCACUUCACCCCAAAAGCACCUCAGCAUUUCAUAACCUCGCACGAACAAUGCGCUUCUCUUCACUCACCGUUAUUGUUGCGCUGACAUCUAUAAUCCAGAAGGAGCGAGUUGCACCCACGCCAGUGACUGCUGCAAUAAAAAGGAUGACUGCAUUCUCAUCCCGACUGGUGCUCAAAUCUGCUGGCCUUCGUGUCAGCCAGAAGGAGCGAGUUGCAACCAGAGCAGCGACUGCUGCAAUAAAAAUGACACCUGCAUUCUCAUCCCGACUGGUGCUAAAAUCUGCUAUAACGCUGCCGCUGAAGGAGGCCAUUAAUUUUCGCGUAGCAACACACUGUUCGCCGGUAAUCGAGAUAAAGAUAGAGGCAACGCCACACAGUGAAUUAAUUAUUUGA